AGCCUCUACGUUGUGGAGUCUCAGCGCCGUUCUCGUCCUUGAAUUGCAGCUCCGCUUCUUCUUCUUUUAUUAUUAUUAUUAUUAUUGUUGAUUUACUACGUCACCGCGGCGCUUUUAAACCAUGCUGCAGCCAUCCAGGCGGCGGCUUCUCAAAUACCUGAAUGGGGUGCGCGCCGAGUACGGCGGGUCCGCCGCCACGCUGCUCGACGCCUACCUCCAGCAAGACGGCGGCGCCAAGCACGCGGCGAACCUCCCUGUGUCGCAGCGUUACUUCUACAUGAAGAACGCCGGCAACGCGGCCUCGUCGGCGGGUCGGGGGGUGUCGCAGCAGCACCAGCUGAUACAGCUGAGGCUCGGUGCGGCCCAGAUGCUGAGCUCGUCCCACCACGCCUCCAUUGGGAACUUGAACGAGGCACACCCGCUGUACUACGCACAGACGUCGCCGCGGGCCGCGGGGCUGACGGUGCCACUCGUGCUCGCCUUACACCGACUGCGCAUUCAUCGCUUGACGGAGUUGCAAGGGGCACUUGUGCCGCUGCUGCUGAAGGGCAAGCACGUCAUCGCCCACUCCGAGACCGGCACCGGCAAAAGCUUUGGCAUCGCCCUCGCCAUUGCGAAUCGCGUUAUUCGAGAUCAGCUCAACUACCGCCUGCACACUGUCGUGUUCGUGCCAACAGAGGAGCUCGCCCUGCAGUACGACAAGUGGCUGCGGCACUUCUGUGGGUGCACGGCACAGGUGGUGCAGGCGGCGAUCGAGAGCAUCCCGCUCGAAACGCAGCUGGCGAAGCUGCACAACAUCCAACCCCACGUCCUCGUGGGCACGCCGCAGCGCAUCGCGGACAUCAUGCGCAUGAGCCCCGCGAUUGUCGGGGAGAAGCUGCGGCGCAAGGUGGACUGCGUGGUGCUGGAUGAGGCGGACAUGAUACUGCACGCCACGGUGCUCUACGGCCGCCAACGCCUCAGCGGCGCCAACUUGGUCGACCGCCUUUUUCGCAAUAGGCGCGAGGAGGUGCCGGCGCAGCUCGUUGCGGCGAGCGCCACGGUGGACGGCGUGACGGCGCAGACCCUCAACACGUGGACCCGCAACGACCACACGGUGCGACUCACAACGAGCUUCGCCGAGCACACCAUCCCCCCGACCAUCCAGUUUUAUUUCUUCGGGGAGACCAAGGCGUACCCGCUGGCGCGCUGUUUGGUGCUGUCGCUGCAGCUUAUCUGCCAGCAGCGUCCCGAUGCGCGUGUGCUGCUGUUCUGCGAAGACGCCAACAUCGAAGAAGUUUGUGCGCUGUUGAACUCCCCUGCGGUGACGGAGGACGUUCGGGUUGCAGCGCCGGGUGCCCUCACACCGACCCGCCGUUUUGCUGCUCCGCUGCACGCCCUCCCGACGGAGGCCACCACGAGCAAAGGAAGUAGGGGAGGGGAGAAGCGCGCACACCACACCACGGCGCCCACCUCUCGUGUUUCCUCUUCUUCUACCUCCGCCGGUGCGUACGCGGAUGUGCGGUCGCAUCAAGUGAUCGCGCAGCGCGGCGACGUCUACGUCAAGAACAACAGCUCCCUCUCGCAGCUGAGCGAGGGCAAACUCAUUGUCGGCGUCGGCAGCUUCCACAGCAGUCGGGGGCUGCACGUGAACAGCAUCACCCAUGUCAUCUUGUAUGGUGCGUGUCCGUCGGCGGCAUCGUUUGUCCACUGCGCGGGCCGCACCGGUCGCAUGGGCGCCGACGGGGACGUGAUGGUGUUGUACCCACCGUCCUCCGGCCGUCAGGUGCAGCAGGUGUGCAGCUCGCUCGAACUGCCGUUUCACCCGAGCCGCAUGAGCGCCAUUGAGGACCUCGUAGCUGGAAAGAGCAGCUCCACCAAGGAAGGCGACGGCGGCCGACUCGUGGAGGGGGACGCGACGGUCAACUUGACGGCGGAUUCUGAGAGGUAG